CUGAUCAUCUUGUCUUUUUCUCGCUGGUCUUCCACUGGUGAUGUUUUUCAGGUCUGGAGGGAAACACUGAAUUAACUCCUGCAGGAGAAACUAAAGGAGACGAGGAGAAGAAAAAGAAGAAAGACAAAGAUGCAGCUGCAAUCACUUCAGACAGUGAGAAUGAAAAGAAGAAAAAUAAAAAGAAGCAGAAAAAGGAUAAGAAAAAGAAGGAUUCCAGCUCAUCUUCCUCGUCAGACAGUGAGGAUGAUCACAAGAAGAAAAAGAAGCAAAACCAAGAAGAAAUCAAGCAGUUCUUCCUCUGACAGCUCCAGUGAUGAUGAGAAAAAGAAGAAAGACAAAAAGAAGAAAAAGAAAAAGGAAAAGAAGGAUUCAGGAGGCGAGUCUGCAUCGGACGCAGAGAAAGAGGAGAAGGAGCUUGAGCUCAAACAGGAGGAUGGAAAGCUUCAGCUGGUGGACGCUUUAGUCUGUUCAUUUAUUUGUGCAGAUUUGAGUCUAGUUUAACCCUGUUUAGAUUCUUAAAUCCCAAUUCUGGGUGGAGAAAGCAACAUUUAUAUAACUUUUACCAGG